UGAGUACUGAUAGGUAUCCCAUGUAUAUAACAAAUUAUUUUUCGAAUCUGUUUCAUUUCUGUACCACGAUUAAGGUUUCGUUCACAUAAGUAUAAUAUUCGUAGGCAAAAUGACUACCAAGAUGAAGGUCCUCAUGUGGUUUUUUUUAAUCGCAAAGUUUUUCUAUUAAUAAAGGCGCUCGAUUUCAAAUGAUCAAGACAAGUAUGAUGAAAGUUUUCAAAGAACUAAUCGGUCUAGAUAAAUAUUGAUAGGCAGCAACAUGAAUUUCAAAACGAAGACCUCCCUGCUAUUUUUUUUUAUCGCAAAAAAUCUUGUAUCAGUGAAAGCGCUCGACGAGUCCUCGAAAUACGACAUCACAAAAGUUCUGAAUGAUUCCAUCAACGGAAUAUUUCAAAAAGCUGGCUGGAGUCGAGUAGAAAAAACAUUCACAAAAGGCUUUCACGGCUUAUCGGAAUAUAAAACCAAAAACAUUCGAAAAUUCAAAAUAUUUGGCGAUGAGAUCAUCUAUCGUGACCUCCAGUUUUACGAUAUUGACGCACCCGGCCUUAUCUCAAUUGAGUGGAAUUCUGCUAAAAAUGAAACGCGAUUACAAUUUGGCGGAUUCGAAUAUCAUUUAGACUGUAAUAUGAUCGGGGCACUGAACAAGUCGGAUGCUCAAUUCAUGGCAAAUCCUGUAUUCACACAGUUCGCAAUAAUUAUUACUGAAUUAUCAACUGGACAAAAUGAGAGCAAAAUUAAAAUGGAUAUAGACUACGCCAAUAUAAUGCAUUGGGAAUCGACGAUGCUUACCGGAUAUGAUGAAACGAAAUUCAAAACCAGACAAAGACUCUUCUACGAAUUCCACAUCAUGUUACCGAAAGUAACACGUCAUUGUUUGGCUCGCAACAAGAAAUUCAAACAAGCGUUGAAAAACAGUUUGUUAGUUUACCCGAAACAGAAUAUUUCAUCGCUUUAUCUGGAUUUCUCGAGCAACGAGCAAGAGUAUUACUACUCAAUACCCAAGAUUUUUCUACAGAAGUACAAUUUAACUGACAUCAGGAUCACAGGACUCUCGAAUUUCAAAUCAUUCAGUGACCUCGUUCUGCACAUGGUGAACAUUAGUGGGACUAUGUAUUUAGACCAUGGUUAUUCGACGGUCGAAAAGGUUCCAAUGAAUUUCACGAUUGAUAAUCUUUUCAUAGACGUAAAUUACGUUAACGAAAGUAUAACUGUUGAGGCAAAAAACUACACCAUCAGUCAAUUUGGUAUCGAAGGUUCCAAAUACUCAACGUCAAUGUCGUCUUGGUUAGAUGAAGUUUCGCAUAUAAUGAUACGACACAUCGAAUCAGCUAUCGCGAAUUCAAUGAUGCCGUCUAUGGAGAAUCGGAAAGAAAUUGAACCGUGGGCGCAAUCAAAAACAUGUGCAAUGGAGGACAUAAUCAUGGAAAUUCUACUUAUCACGUCCGGUAACGCUUGUCCAAUUGCGAGAGAGGAGGUCGUCCGGAAAAUACUUGGAAAACUGAAAAUGGAGAAGUAAUGCGAGAAUUUCAACGGUGCGCUUACUUCAACUUUCAUUGCAAACGAUGGUGAAGCAGUCUACCUAAUAAAGACAAUUAUUUCAAUAUAAUUACCUACCCUUAGUACCUAUUUUUCAAAAUAAAUGUUUUCAAAAAUCA